GGAAGUGGGCCGCGGAUGCGGCGGGCGGCGCGCAUCGCGCUGGCGCUGGCCGGGGACGGAGCGGCGGGGCCGGAGCCGGGCCUAGGCCUGGGCCUGGGCUGCGCCCGCAGCGCUCGGCUGCUGCUGCCGGCCGGGGACGAGGCACAGCCCCAGCUGCGAGGUACGGCCCGGGGGAGGCGGCGGGGACGGGGCUGGGUGGGCCGGGGAUCGCUGACCCCCCUCCGGUGUCGCGCAGGCUGGAGGGAGGCGGUGUCGGCGGCCGCCGGUGCGCUGCGGGCGGGCGGGCUGGUGGCGGUGCCGACGGACACGGUGUACGGCGUGGCGGGCCUGGCGCAGGACUCCGGCGCCGUGCGGAGCAUCUACAGCCUGAAGGGGCGCAACGGGAGGAAGCCGCUCGCCAUCUGCCUCGGGGACGUGGAGCGCCUCUACAGGUACUGCCGUGUCAAUGUGCCGGAUGAGCUGCUGCGGGACCUGCUGCCUGGACCUGUGACCCUGGUCUUACAGCGUUCCGAAGAGCUAAAUAAAGACUUGAAUCCCUUCACAUCGCUGGUUGGUGUUCGUAUUCCAAACCACCCCUUUAUCAGGGAGUUGGCACGAGCUUGCUCUGGACCACUGGCUCUAACAAGUGCUAACAUCAGCUCUCAGGCCAGCACGCUGACGGUGUCGGAAUUCCAAGACCUGUGGCCUCAGUUGUCCUUAAUCAUCGAUGGAGGCCCAAUUGGGGACAUUCAGAGCCCGGAGUGUCGCUUGGGAUCAACUGUGGUUGAUUUAUCUGUGUCGGGGAAGUUCAGCAUCAUUCGGCCUGGCUGUGCGCUGACGCCUACGGUUGAAAUCCUGACGCAGAAGUAUGGCUUGGUACCAGAAUCAUCUUAAGACUUCAGACUCGGAGGAGCUGGCCUCUUAGAUAUUGGAAAACUUUUACAAGUUCUCCCCAGAGCCUUCUCCAGGCUGAGCAAACCCAGUUCUCAGCCUAUCUCCAUAGCAGAGGUGCUCCAGCCCUUGGAUCGUCUUCAUACAUCUGCUGUAGUCUGAGAAACCAACCCAGACAUGAAUGCUGACCUCCUUGUGCUGCUCUAUCAUUCCCAAAUACCUGUCUGUUUCGUUAACACGGUUAGACCUUUGAAAUACAACUAUUUGUGCAUUAGACUGUUCUCAGGAUGGGGGGGGUGUUGUGUGUGUGCAACCCACCCUCCCCUUAACCACUUAUUCCAUGUCUUGGUUUAUUGUACCUGCACUGAAAGAAAAGCAAAGAUGGAGAAGAUGGUUUUGAGCUUUCACA